AUGGAAUCUGAGGAAGGGAUGCAUGAGACUUUACGGCUUCAGUUUAAGGCCCUACAGGAACAGCAGUACAAGAGGUUACAAAAACAGAUGGAGAAAAAAAAGGCAAAAGUUGUGACCUUCAAAGGAGACAAAAAUGAUUCAAAGGAGUCAUUUGGAAUCCAGAAUGAGCUAAACUUACUUCGAGAGGGUAGGGAGUCGGCCAAAGAUACCUUCGGCCAAAGAUUGUUUGAAGAAGAGAUCGAACAACUCCAGGGACAGCUCAGAGAAACUGUAGAUGAAAAUGGAAGAUUGUAUAAACUACUGAAGGAAAAGGACUUUGAAAUAAAGCAGCUCAAAAAGAAAAUAGAAGAAGACCGAUGGGCUUUCACAGGGACAUCUGGUAUGGCAGGAGAUGUCAUUGCAACCAAAAUUGUGGAGCUGUCUAAGAAGAAUCGGGACUUGAGUGCCGAGUCGGAAAGUGAAAAAACCAAAGUGAAACAACUGAGUAACCGUGUCCGAGAUCUGGAAAGAGAACUACAGACAGCUUUGACAAAAAUCCAGGCACAAGGAGGCCGAGAUUCAGCCACCAAGCAGCUUAAUCCCAGGACAAUGGAAGGAAGCUUGGUCGAAAAUCCAGAGAUGAAAACUUUGCAAGACAAACUGGCUUCAGCAAACUUAAAGAUGGUAGAAUAUCGCAACCAGAUCCAAACUAUCAAACAGGAGCUCAAAGUUGCACAAAAGGUUUUAGCAAACGAAGUUGGGGAGGAAGUCAACAUUCAGCAACUGUUAUCUUCCCCUGGGACUUGGCGCGGUCGGGCCCAGCAGAUUCUUGUUUUGCAGAGCAAGCUUCGAGAGCUCGAGAAUCAAUUAGGUCCACUCCGGAAUCGUUCCUUUAAUAAUGAGGAGGAGAUGCCAAACCACUCAGAAACAAAGAAAAUUUCAGCUCAAGAGAAAAACCUUUUGAAGAUUCGUGUCUUGGAGAAAGAAAAGAAGGAUUCAAUUGAGAGACUCACAAAUGAGCGAGAUACUCUCCAAAAAGAAAAUGAAGAACUAAAAAGAAAAUGUGAUGGCAUAAAGUCCCGGAACAAAGUGUUAUCCAAUGAAAUCAAAACACUUAAGAGCCAAACUACAACCCUGUUUGAGAAAGGCAAACAUGAUGAUGAACUCAUAGAUGCUUUAAUGAGCCAGCUCAAGCAGCUGCAAGAUAUCCUAAGUAAACUCAGCCACCAGGAUGAAAAGGCCAAGGAGCUUCAGCAGAACUUGGGCCAACAGCUGACCAUGGAGGCCCAGAAAAACAGCUGUCUCAUAGCCCAGCUCCGGAGCAUGGUGGCUGAGCGAGAGGCCAAGGUUCAGGAACUGGAAGAAGAAAUCGGUCACCUCACUCUUCAGCAUCUUCACAACAAGGAUCGAAGUGAGGACUCCAGUUUAAUGAAUGGCAUCUUUCUGUCUUCCAAGUUUAUGGAUGAGCCGAACUUUAACCCACUCAAACAGCCUCCAUCAGCCGGAGAUCACAUUGGGAGGGUCGGAACUGCUCGCACCGUGAGCAGCCUCGGGCACACUCUGGUGGAAUCAUCAGUCACUCAACCCUCUCUCACCAGCCCUAAUGUGUCACCUCGAAGGAUUUCAGAGCUGGAUUUUAUGGACCUGAAAAGGAGUCAGAUGCAGAUAAUUGAAUUCAAGACCCUUUUACAGUCUGCUGAGGUGGAAAGGGACCGGCUCACAGAGUUUGUUUCUGUCUUACAGAAAAGGGUUGAUGAAGGGAACAACAGACUUCUGGAGACUGACAAGAAACUCCAGGAGGAGCGGCACAGAUGUGUAGUUUUGGAGCAACAGCUGGAAAAAACCAAAAUGGACACGGGCAAAACCACGGCUUCCCAGAAGUCAGCAACAAGGACCAAAGGAGGACUGCCUGCUAACAACCCAAGACAUAACCUAAAUGUGAGUGAGAGGAGGGACCUGUCCUUGGGUCAGCUCUCAGAAGUGCCACUGGAGUCGCAGGUAGAAGAGCUGACUGCCAGACUUGUGAUCCAGGCUGAAGAGAACGAAGCCUUAAAAGUUGCCAUGAACGACAUCCUGAAGGUGAAGGAGGAAGACUUCAAGGUGUACCACGAGACUAUGAGCCAAGUGAAGCAUAUCUUCCUACAGGCCCUACGGCAACAACAUGUGGAAAAAAACUAUUAA